UGGACUAGUCCACUGAAGGUUAAAGGUAAAGCAUAAGCAACAUCUUGUCUUUGCAUGCACUCGAGAAUCUUUUGAAGGGCAACAUGGCGUCUCAACAGGUGGUGUCUCUGGCUGGGAAGGUGGCCCUCAUCACCGGAGCCAGUUCUGGCAUUGGAGCAGCCACCAGCCGUCUGUUUGCAAACCUGGGAGCCCAGCUCACACUGACGGGGAGACAUGUGCCAAACCUGGAGAGAGUGGCGGGGGACUGUGAAAAGGAAACACAGAGCAAGCCUCACCUGGUGCCAGGUGACAUCUGUGAUGAGACUGUGGCGGAGCGUCUUGUAGCUGAGACAGUUGAGCGGUUUGGACGUCUGGACAUCCUGGUAAACAAUGCAGGAAUCCUGAAUAUGGGAAGCAUACACAACACCAGUCUGGAGGCAUUUGAUAACAUUUUCAAAGUCAAUGUCAGGUCCAUGUUUGUGCUGACUCAGCUUGCUGUUCCCCACAUUGUGAAGAGUCAAGGCAACAUCGUCAACGUCUCCAGUGUUAAUGGUCUACGUUCUUUUCCAGGUUUAGUUGCCUAUAACAUGACCAAGAGUGCUGUGGACCAGUUCACAAGGAGCCUUGCUUUGGAACUUGCGCCUGAUAAUGUCAGAGUCAAUUCUGUAAACCCUGGAGUAGUCAUCACAGAACUGCAAAAAAGAGGUGCUGGUCUUGAUGAAGAGGCUUAUGCUAAGUUUCUUGAGCGUACAAAGAUGACACACGCCCUUGGCCGUCCUGGACAGCCGGAGGAGGUGGCGCGUACGAUCGCGUUUCUGGCGUCCCCAAGUGCGUCGUUCAUCACCGGGGCAACACUACCUGUAGAUGGAGGCAGACACGCCAUGUGUCCACGCUAACCUAGUUAUGAACUUGAUUUCAAAUGAAAGCUCAGGCCACACCAAUUUAAUUUGUUGUUUCUUGGAUUCGCCCUGUCCAUUUUUUU